AGGUCUAAUGUCAGCCAACUAGUUAACCUGUAUCUUGGCUCAGAGCCAACCUCCGUUUUCUGUUACAUGGGAGAUUUUGGAUGUGGAUUUGGAGGAUGGACGCCGGUCAUGAAAAUUAACGGCACCGAGGUGCCAUAGUUUUUCUGUUGGUUUUUUUUGGUUCGGUUUUUGUUGUUUAAUUCCUUCUGUAUAUAUGUGUGUGCUUUUGUUGAGAUUCACGAAGCCGUAAUGCCUCCAAGACUUCGUAACCCACUGAAAUAAGUGGCUUUAUUUAAUGACUAUAAAUGUUAAAGAAGCGCGUGGGAAAAUUUACAAAAUAAGUGAUAAAUGAUGACGAUGACGAUGACGAUAACGAUAACGAUAACGAUGACGACGACAACUACAAUGACAACGAUGACGAUGACAAUAAAGAUGAUGAUAAUAAUGGCGAUAACGAUGACGAUGACGAUAACGAUGAUGAUGAUGAUGAUGACGAUAGUAACUAGGUUAAAAAAGGGAAUCGCUCUCUUCGCGGAAUGAUUAGGAAUUAGAGCGCUUUUUGAUUGAGUCUUGUAGAACCUAACCAAAGCUAUCAUAACGGCGGAUCAGGAAAAAAAAAAAGAAAUUAUGAGCAGACAAAUUGACCUCGGAGUUGUCAAGUAAACUGCGCAUGCCUUAGGCGCUGGGAAACGCGAGUGACCAAUUUCAGCUCGGAAUUAGUCUGAGUUAAUUAGCAUUUGAAGCGGAUCACUCACGACACUCAAUUAAGGACAAUUAAAGCUUGGUCUGAUUAGUAACGAUGAGAUGGAGAUUAGCACGGUGAACGCGUCCGGCCUGUUCCCUUGUACAGUUUAAUUGAAGUGAGUUAAGGGCGAUUUGGUCUGAAAUCACACCUAUGAUGUUAGAUGAUGCACUUGGUAUCAUCCGUUUCGACAUCACACAACUAAAUCACCUAAUAAUAGGAUUCGGGUCAUAAAAAGUUAGUGCAAUAUGUAAAUACCUCAAUUAGAAUACUCAAAUCUGAAUUGAGUCUGAUUCCCAGAGAAAGAGAUGAAGGCAAUUUAGAGCGAAAAAAAUGUGAUUUGUAAAUAUUUCGCUCUGCUGAGAGGAAAUGAAACUAGAAACAGCACCAGUGAUAUCGAAAUGAAUUUAAUAAACUGAGAUUUAGGAUCGAUUUGCAAAAUGUUUUCACAGAGGAGCUGAACCACUGUUUCAUUACUCUUUUUCAGCCCACCUUUCAUUUUAACUCGCAUUAUUGGAAGGAUUACGAAGUAUACAACCUUCCCGGAGGGGAGACUGGGUUUGACGAACUGGAAACGAAACUGCCUACCUACUGGGACACAUCCUUCUCCAAGAUCUGUCUCGGUAUGAAGAUUGGAAAUCAGCUCAACUUUAUCGUGAUUAACAAGAAGGCUGACUCUUUGUAUACAUUGAUUGCUGAUGGGCAAUACCGCUCAACCUCACUGGGUCGUGACACAUGGAAAGAGUUGAUUGGUUCACAGGCCUCUUUGCAGCUUCAUUGCAACAGGGAAGGUUUUAAUGUUGUUUGUAACCGCAACCAAUAUUCAAAAGCUAGAAUUGGUAUUAUUGGCGACCUCUUCUACCGAGCCCGCCGUUGCUUAUUUUGUACAUCACGGAUUGGAUUUGGUGCAGGCGGUUUACCUGAUUAUGACAGUUCGUGUGGUAACGAAGCACGGCUGCAAUCAGAUAAUGAAGAGAAACGUAUAAGGGCCAUGGGAUACAUUUUGGUAGAAUAG